AUGAUUAUCUUUGUAAAUCCCAAUUUUAGCUUAAACCCGCCCUCUUUAACUCGUAGUCCAUCAAAAACAGCGCACAAAAUUCAUUCAUAUCUCAUCAGUUCAAUUAUCUCCAACACCCUUAAACCAAGAAAAAGGUGUGAUUACUAUGAUUUGCAUAAAGAGCUGAUUCCGUAUGUAGAGGCGUGGACAUGGCAAAAGGCCAUUGUUAAAGAGAGAAAAUCAUUGAUUGAAAAGCAGGAGGACUUUUCUGGUACGCUGAUUAUUUUGCAACACCAGCCAGUUUACACGUUGGGCACUGGUAGUUCAGAAGAAUACUUGAAUUUUGAUGUAAAGAAUGCUCCUUUUGAUUUGUAUCGAACUGAACACGGCGGCGAAGUUACAUACCAUGGGCCUGGUCAGGAGACCAGAAAUUAG